UGGGGUCUGUUUGUGUUUGUGAACAGAGCCCCAGGACCAGCUUGCUUAGGGGACUCUUCUCCAGGUUCAUCUCUCUGUAGGUGAUGGCUUUGUUAUGGAAGGUUUGGGUAUCGCUUACUUUUAGGUGGUUGUAGAAUUUAAUGGCUCUUUUCUAGAUUUUGAUAAUUAGCGGGUAUCAGCCCAAUUCUGCUCUGCAUGCAUUAUUUGGUGUUUUAUGUUGUACACAGAGGAUAUUUUUGCAGAGUUCUGCAUGCAGAGUCUCAAUUUGGUGUUUGUCCCAUUUUGUGAGCGGUCCCCAGACUUCACAAACAUAACCAGUGUGUCACGACUUCCGCCGAAGUCGGUUCCUCUCCUUGUUCGAGCGGCGUUUGGCGGUCGACGUCACCGGCUUCCUAGCCAUCGCCGAUCCACCUUUCAUUUUUGCCAUUUGUCUUGUCUUGUUUUCCUACACACCUGGUUUCAAUUCCCUCAGUAUCAGACGUGUAUAUAACCCUCUGUUCCCCCCAUGUCUGUGUGUAGAACUGUUUGUUGUUUGGUGUAUGUGCACGCUAGACUGGUUUGCGCUGGGUUAUGUCAACCCAUAUUGUGUUUAGUGUUCUUAGUGCUGUGUGUUUUGUUCACCGAAACAAAAGACUCCUUUGGCUACCCAACUUCUGUUCUCCUGCGCCUGACUCCCUUACAGCCAGUUACGCAUACCUACACAGUGGCAACAGGUUCUAUAUCGGAUUGAAGUAUUUUUAGCAAAAUCCUAAUUGGUAUGUCAAAUUUUAUGUUCAUUUUGAUGGCCUUUUUUUAUUUAACCAGAUAAGUCAGUGAAGAACAAAUUCUUAUUUACAAUGACAUCCUAGGAGCAGUGCCUUGUUCAGGGGCAGAACGACAGAUUUGUACCUUGUCAGCUCGGGGAUUCAAUCUAGAAACCUUUCGGUUACUGGCCCAAUGGUCUAACCACUAGGCUACCUGCCGCCCCCAAGAGCAAAGGGCCUUCUUGCCUUGUCUCUUUUUACCAUUAUGUCUCUCUCUCUCUAUCUCUGUCUCUCUCUCUCACCCUGUCUGUCUUGUCUGUCUCUGUCUCUGUCUCUGUCUCUGUCUCUCUCUGUCUUUUCACAGCUGGAUCAGAUGUGUGAUGGUGAGACUCCUGACCUGGGUGAUCUGGAAGAGUCUGAGAGGGAAACAGUCCAGGCCAUACUGGAUCUUGUAGACCAAUGUGUUGGGAAGGAUGAGGACGAGAUCAGAUCCUCUCUUCUCAGUGCCGUCCACCUCAUUGUCAGUGCCAUGGACGGAAUGACAGAUGAGGGUCUCUCUGUGUUGGGAUCGUGUUGCAGUCCUCCAGUCUUACAGGCCCUGCAGAUCCUGGUGCAGCAUGUGGCAGCAGGGAGUGGGGAGACCCUCUCUCUGAGAGAUGCUGGUCUAGCUGUUCUGACUGAGGAGGAGGUGUUUGGGAGGACAGAGAGUCUCUUUGGUCACUCUGAAGUUACACUGAAGAGAGAGGAGGACACACUGAGGACGGAGAUGAAGGACCAGCCUGGAUACCUUCCUCUAGUCAUGAGUAUCACUGUGAAAGGCCUGGCCUCUUUAGUGUAAGGAGGGAGAGGGAGAGGGAGAGCAAGAGAGAUGUGACCUGUUGCCACAAGAAAAGGGCAACAAGUGAAGAACAAACACCAUUGUAAAUACAACUCAUAUUUAUGUUUAUUUAUUUUACCUUUUGUACUUUUUGCAGAUCGUUACUUCACUGUAUAUAGACAUUGUUAGCAGUUGAUGUUAUUCUUCAACAACACAGAGCUCAAAGCAAAUCAGGGGGGGGGGGGGAAAUAUAUGUAUUCAAAGAGAACAAAUCAUAGUUGUUAUGCUGGAAAGUAGAUGGAAGAUGGUUUUCUUCCCUGUCCUCAAUGUUGAAUUGAAAGAGAGAGAAUAUGGUCCUCUGUUGUGCAGCUGGUAGAGCAUGGCACGGGGUAGUGGGUUUGAUCCACAGGACUACCCAUACGUAACAGGUAUGCACGCAUGACUGUCAGUUGAUGUGGAUAAAAGUGUCUGCUAAAUGGCAUAUAUUAUGAAACUUGUAAAUCUAGUUUAAACUGAUACACUCGGUAUUUCAUUCCAAUAUUUGACUCCUGCACUAGCUGAGCUGAAGAACUAGUGAACAAAAGUGUAUGAAUCCUUGUAACGCUUUCAGUAAAGUGCAACAAACAAUAUCAGACGUCCGACCUCCAUUCUUCUAAUCAUUAGAUAAUACAACAUAAAGUGGGAC